AUGCAUCAACAUCCACGUUCACCAGCACCGUCUUUGGUGCCGAACAUUCCUAGACCCGCAGCUCGAGACGGGGACGACACCGCCCCAAGCUCCCCAACCGUCGACCCAGGUUCCCAUUCCGCAAGAGGGUUAGGGAUCGAGGCUGGGCCACAGCCUGCUGAACAGGCAAGGAAUGCGGCACUGGGAAAGGAAGCCCUGACCCGGCUAAACCAAAUCAUAUCGAAUUACCACACAAAAGCCGCUUUGAUCAUUCUGCACUCUCGUGUUACACUGCCUCCUUCCUAUAAUAAGGGCUCCGACUCUCCGAGAGUCAACCGCUGGUUUAACGUCGAGCUAGAUGACACAGAUAUCCUCCGAGAACCCCUGCGACCAUGGCGAACCUGCGAUGCCACCGAUAAUCGACCACCGCCCCUCGUUAUUGAAACAUACCUCGACACGAAAGGACUCACAAACAACCAGAGCUUGGUUAUCUUGGACGAAAACGGCAAACGAUGGGAUGUCCGGGAGUCGCUGGCGGUGCUACAGGGCGCUCGUGCAAAGCCAUAUCAAUCAGAUAACGAUGGUAUAAUCUUGGAACGCUGGCGGAUCGAGCUGGGAGAGUCGCCAGGUAAACUUCCGUCUGACCUGGGAUCGAUCCUGCCCACAGUGUAUAAGAAGAGCAUUGUGCUCUUCCGGUCCUUGUUCACAUAUUCCAAGUUCUUGCCUGCGUGGAGAUUCUCCAAGCGUAACAAGAAGCUGAGGCGGAGUCCAGCUCUGGAGAUCAAAUAUCGGGUGGUGGAUGAGAGCCUCUCCCGUCAGAAUGCCUCCUUGGAUCAUUUGACCGCACCCCUCAGCGAGGGGAGCGAGAAGGUGGUGGAUACAUACAGCUUUGGGGUCACCGAGUCACCUGCGGGUCCAUUCACAGUCCAAGUUACGUAUAGAACAAAUUGUGACUUCCGUGUGGAUGACUCGGAGGCCUUGUUGAGCUCUCGCUUCAUGGGCGCUGACGACGAGAUCUUCCGGCCCUCCUUGCCUUCAGAGGAUAUCAGUCGUUUGAAUCCAGAGAUUGGAUCUGUGCCCGUUGAACGAAGGGCUGUUGAGAAUCCAGAUCUAACGCGUGCGUACGGAAGUCUCUCAACGUUCCACCAAGUCGGUGCAGCGACAGGGGCGAGCCCAAUCUCAGCACUCCGUGCUCUCAGAGAUUCAGGCGCAGGCUCCCCAUCUCCAAAAGACAACGACAAGAAACUCUUGCCCCCUGCGAAGGUUGUUCCUUCAGGACGUGCUGCCCAGAUUGCUGGCGAAUCUGGAAGUUUAGGCGUCCAACGCCGUCCAUCCGUAUCAUUCCAACCCUUUAAAGCUCCCCCUCUCUCUGCUUCUCCGGCCGUGGGUGACUCCCCCCUAUCGGCCUCUCCUCGCAAUGCUUCCGCGCGCAUUCCCACGGGCACAUCCGCCGAUGCGCGCUUCAUGCCGCCUCCAUCCUCUGCGGCCUCUGCGCGCAGGCCUACCGCUAUGGCAUCUGAGCAGGCGAUAUCAUCUUCUAAUUCAGCAUCACCUAAACCAGCUCCUCUUUCUCGAUACAGUAGCUCCUUCAGCCACCGAAGAGGUCGGCUAUCUGCUGGAGCGAAUCGACUGGAAGAUGACAACGUAUCUAGUGGUCGAGUGAGCACUGCAUCAUCCACCGCACAGCCCGGAUCUGGCCUGCUUACAGAGGUCACUGGGACUAGUGCAGAAUCUAUCCAUGCGGAUGAUGAGAACAUUUCCGAUUUUCUCAAGAUGUUGGACACUCAGAAAGAUCUUAUGAAUUCAUCUACAUCUGCAUCUAUUCAGACGAGUGUGCGUCAACCUACAUCCACGGCGGCAGCCCUUGCCCGUUUCCGAGGGAUGCGAGACUCCAAUGCUGCUCUAUCCGACUCGAUGACACAAUCUAUGCAUGUGAACCGAUCAUCGAUGUCAUCGAGUAAGCAGCUCUCUGGAGUCCCACCAAUGGUUGCAGGCACGUCGAUCUCAACGGCCUCUUCUCCCGGAAAGCCUAUAUCACCUCACACCCCCCACACGCCAGCUAUACGCUCCCGCCUCAGCUCCAACAGUGUUGCGGACGACAUCGAAACAGACCAUCGUUCGAGAAUUCCGCGUAUCGAACACGACUCGCCUUUAGAAGAAAUCCCCGGGUCGGAAAUCUCACGCGGGGCUUCCUCCACUGCGGGCGCCAUUGACAUUCCCACGUCCCCACGAAUAUUCGAUCCCGCAUACCGACGCUCAAGCUCAGCAGCACAGCGCCGACCCACCGUCCCAAGCGGCGAUGACGACGAAAUCUUCCCCUUCGGCAUGCGCAGCCUGAGUCUCGGUGCCGAUGAACCCUCAACUACCACCCUCGGCGUCGCACAGCAGCAAGCCGCGCGAAAGGAACCGCAGUCGCCUGCAGAAGACCCAACUUGUCCCUCUGUUUCUACAACAAGCGCAUACCGCGAAGGCGGAUCACUUCGCAUCCAAACGCCCGGAGCAGCGGGUGCAUCCGCAUCCUCUAACCCCCACGUGUACCAGCCCCGAUUCGCCAGCUCGCGCGGCCGCGGCUACUCGGGCGGCCAUUCCGUCAGCUCCGCAUCCAGUAGUCUAGCCCGAAAUGCCAACCUGCCACCACACCUUGCAGAGCGCGAUGACCGCGACGGGAACGCCAGCGGAAGCAACAGCGGAAAUUCGACGCUGGAAAUCCGUCGCGGCAGUGGUCAGCGGCCAAGCUCGGGUCGGACGCUCUCGGCCCAAGCCCCUGAAGACGACGAGCCGCUUCUCUUCGCCAUGAGUGAUUUCGGCGCUUCCCGUCGCAGUCUCGAGGAAGGCAGACAUAAUCACGGCGGUACAGAUUCUACAAGUGGAUCCAGGCGUGGCAGUGGCCGACGGGGAGCUGGGCUUCCCGGGUUCCAUCCUUGGUCGUGA